AUGAACGAUCAGCACCGUGAGGGACUUGAGUGGGAUGAUAGUGGUUGGGACCUUGUCCCCCGUUGGGCGCGGGAGCCUCGGCUUGAGGCCAUCGCAGAACUGUGCCGGAGAGUCCUAGAGCUCGCCGCUGGGGAUCACUGUCACGUCGCAUUCUAUGCCGAAGGUGCCUUCAACAAGCUUUACCUGGUCGAAAGCCGGCGGGGCAAGUCGUUGUUGCGGGUUUCGCUGCCCGUCGAUCCACGACACAAAACGCACGGCGAGUGCGCAACGUUACACUGGAUUCGCGAGAUGACCACCGUGCCCGUCCCCAAGGUCAUCGCAUUCGACGACUGCCGAGACAAUGAAAUCGGCUUCGAGUGGAUUCUCAUGGAGUUGAUGCCUGGCGUGUCGGCGUACAAGCGGUGGCGCAAGCUGUCGAUGGCCGAGAAAACCCAGGUCGUCGAGCAGGUUGCAGAGUUUCAGAGCCAACUGUUCCGCCAUGGCAUUGAGGACGCCAAUUUCCAGUCGAUAGGCACACUCCGCUUCGGCGAUGGGACUUCUCAACUCGGCCCCGGCAACCCGAAGCCGGGCCGACUGGUGUCCCGCUUUUUCUUCGGGGGAGACCGUUUCAAUUACGACGUCCCUCGGGGGCCUUUCAGAUCGAGCCACGACUGGCUGGGCACCCAGCUCGGCAUUGUCCGAGAGGAGCAAAGUAGAAUUCUAGAAACGGCAGAAGACGAGGAGGAUCGAGCCGACGCCAAGGCAAUCCUGCGGGGUGCCGAGAAGUUGGCCGCCCUUCUGCCCAAGAUCUUCCCCCAGCUACAGAAUAAUCCGCUCGAACGCACUGUUCUCUGGCACGACGACCUCUCACUCGCCAACAUCCUCAUCGGCGAGAAAGACGCCAAGAUCACGGCCAUCAUUGACUGGGAAGGCGUCUCAUGCGAACCCCUCUGGGUCGCCGCCGAGAUGCCCAAGUUCUUGCGCGGGCCCAGUCGGGAAGAGGAACCGCAAAGAGACCGUUAUGGGGAGGCGAACGAGUACGAUCAAGAUGACGAGUUGGACAAUGAAGGGAAAACCGGGCUCUAUUGGAUCCAUCUGAUGGAAUACGACAUGACCCAGUUGCGCAAGGUCUACGCCGCCAAGAUGAGGGAACUUUGGCCGCGGUGGGAGGAGGAGGUCACGUACAGCUCCUUAAAGUCGGAUCUCUACGAAGCUUUGCAUCGGCUCAGCGACGGCUGGCAGGUGAAGCGCGUUGAGAAAUGGGUUGAUCUUGUCAUAGAGGGCGGAGAAUUUCCCCGCCUGAGCGAUGUUUUAGCUCGACCCGCCGAUGAAGCUAGAACAAUUCCAUAG